UAUAGGUUACAGAAGAUUACAAAAUCAUGAAUUUUAUGGCAGAAGAAGACCCUGAAAAUGGAACCGUUUGCUCAAAUAAUUGCGAACUAGUACCACACAGGCACAACAACCAAGUCCAUGGACAGACAGAUAUCACAGACAGGACUUUGAGUUUCACUGAGAUAUAUAGGCCUUCUUUAAAUAAAGCUAAGACAUACAAUGCAAUGCAGACAUUGUUGUUGGCAUACCAAUCUCUUGGAGUUGUGUACGGAGACCUUGGAACUUCUCCUGUCAACGUGUUACCUUCUGUUAACCUUUCAAACCCCAAAGAAGAAGAUCUACUUGGCAUCUUUAGUAUCAUCUUCUGGACUAUAACUAUACUUGUUUUGAUAAAAUACGUCUUCAUUGUCCUUCACGCCGAUGAUAAUGGAGAAGGUGGUACUUUCGCUUUGUAUUCAUUUCUCUGUAGGCAUAUCAACUUUCAGAGCAAACUUACCAUUCAAAACACAAGGUUGGAAUCGGAUGACACUAUGAGAUAUUACACGAGAGGGAGUGCUUUGCAAUCGAGGACUAAGAAGUUUCUUGAGAGAAGCACAACCGCUCAAUCCAUUCUCACUUUUGUUGUAUUACUUGGAACUUGCAUGGUCAUUGGUGAUGGAGCACUCACCCCUGCCACUUGUGUUCUGUCAUCCCUUCAAGGGAUCCAAUCUCGUUCCUCAAAAAUCACGCAAAAUCAAGUGGUAUUCAUUUCAGUUGUGCUUCUGGUAGCUGCCUUGUCAUUGGUUUCAAAGGUGGUGUUGCACUCUCAAAUGCUUAUGGUAAGCCUGUCAAAUGUAAAGCAGCCUCUUGAAAAUAGUGUCCUGAAAAGUGCCUUGCCUAUACUCUUCAAUUCUGUUUUUCUAGUUUCUGUUAUGGAGUAUGAUUUCUUGUUCUUCCACAAUUGAUAUACAGGUGUGGUGGUCAUCUGGGUCAUGAUCAUUACGACAUUUUUAACAACGCUGGUGAUGCUGGUGAUCUGGGACACAAAUUUCCUUCUCAUCUGUGCAUUUUUCUUGCCAUGUGUACUAAUCGAAGCCAUAUUCAUGACAUCCUUGCUUAACAAAAUCCCACAAGGAGGAUGGGUACCAUUUGUUAUCUCAGUUUUCUUCCUAGUAGUCAUGCUAUCUUGGACCUAUGGAAGGAGCAAGAAGAGUAUGUAUGAGGCAGAGAAGAAAAUGAGUUUAGUUGAACUGAACCAAAUGAUGUCAAGAGGGGACGUUUAUCGCCCACUGGGACUUUGCUUCUUCUGCACAGACCUUGUCAACGGAAUCCCACCAAUCAUCCGCCAUUACAUUCAGCACACAAACUCAGUUCACGAAAUCAUGGUGAUCAUCACGAUGAGAACACUCCCAAUCAAAACUGUCCUCCCAGAGGAACGGUUGGUGGUUGGGAAACUGGGACUUGGAGUUUACAGGUGUCUGGUUCAGUUUGGUUACAAAGACUCACCAAGCAUGAAUGGAGACGACUUUGUUGCUUCGGUGGUGGGAAGACUCCGCGAGCUUGCCGAGACUGCUGGAGAAAAGCAAGAAUUGGAAUCGGCUGCAGAGAAAGGAGCUGUGUUCGUGAUAGGCCGGACCAUUCUCAAAUCAAACAAGGACAACAGUUGGUUUUCUCGCUUCAUCAUAGAUCACUUAUACAGAUUCCUUCAAAAGAACAGCAGGGCUGCAAUUUCAACACUUCAAGUAGUCCCACCAGAAAAUACUUUGCAAAUCGGGAUGCUUUACGAAAUCUAGAACCAGCCCAACACAUCUUCAUUGUGUACCUAUGUGUUUGUUAAAAUGUUGAGAAAUGAACUUGCUUGGCAGCA